AUGGGCUACACAGACUCACAAGUACACUCCUACCACUAUCAGAACGACCAACAGAUGGUCCUCCGCUGGGCAAAAGAAAUCUUCCCCCUCCCGGACGAGAUCGAGAUGAAGGGAAAGUCGAACGCCGCCGCCAGCAGCGGUACAGGUUCCAACCUCACAGCAAACGCUGCCGCAGGCUCCGGCUCUACCCCCAUCGGCCCCACGUCAACCCACAUCAUCGGCACCACCUCUGCCCCCCACGGCCUUGUUAACCAGUACUGGGACUGUUUCGACGACGAGGAACAAUGGACCAUGUUCCACGGCCUAAAGAUGUCCUGCAACGGUGAUCUCUACAAAGACGGCAUCCUGCUAGGCAACAACUUCCACCGCAGCGACAGAGUCGCUGCCAUGAACAUCGCCACCAAACCCCACGGGCCCUCAACCACGGCAAGCUCUCAUGCCCACCACCACCACCCCAACCAGGGCUCCCGCCCAUCCAAUUAG